AUGACUCUUUGUACAUCACUAAUAACCCUCUUCUUUUUCAAAGCGUUUAAGUGUCUUUUUUCAUGUCGAUAUUGCAACCUAAAAGCAACAUACAAAUUAUUGCCUUCCAAUAAUAAUUUUAUACUUGUAAUUGUAGGACUUUACCCAGAAGGGAGCCCUUCCAGAAAUUCUCGAUGGCCAAGGGAGACCCAAGGCCAAGGAGGGGGUUUGGAAAUAGUUUUCAACCAGCAAUUGACGCGCCUCGGUUAUUACCUCAUUAGCUGCGUCAUUGCCCCAAGCGCAAAGAUAAUUCUUCUAAUCCCCCUUCACCUUCUUUUAUAUUACACAACCCCUCUUCCAUCCAUAUGCUCCAUCCGAUGUGGGACUACUAAACAAUGUCAACUGAAUGUCCUUUUCAAGGAUCUAACUGUAGUCGAAAGGUGUUGUUUCGGCUAAUGCAUUCAUAACCGAUGGUGGUGAUUUUCGAAAUUGUGGCUACGUAUUAUGGGUGGAAAAUUAGGGUUUAUGACGACUGGAGAUCGAUUCAAGAUGCUGUCUAUCUCACAAGGGUUUUGAAAGGGUAUCAAGAGUUCCCUGAUCUUUGUUAAAGCGUCUGGAUUUGAAGCUGGUGAAUUCAGUUAAGAAUUAGCAAAGCUUGCUAAAAAAGCUGAAGAGUGAAGAGGCCAACAACAUUCAACCAUUAUGAUGAAUGUACAUAACAUGCAUGCAUACAUACAUGAAAUGGCCCGAUGGUUUUCAUAAAACGACGUGUUUGAUUGUGGAUGGAAUUCUAGAAGAAAUUGAGAAAAUUUUGUUUUGUUUAGUAUAUGAAGGGAUUAGGUUAUUAAUAUACCAAACUUUGUUAGCGGAUGUUUUAUCAAGUCAUAAAGUUAUGCCAUGUAUUGUAUGUAUUUUGUUGGUUCAAUUUGUAACACAGAGUUAGAAAUAUUAUAUCCUCUAUACCAUUAUUUGUACGUCUUUUUUACUACAA